GCGCGCUGGCUGGCUGGUGGCUGGCUGGCUGGCGGGGGACAGCAGGAAUCGGAGCAGCACUGCCGCCUCUGGCGCGAAGGCUCAGGCGCCUCCUCCCACCCGUCACUGUGGCUCGGCUCACGCUGCCGGCGGCUGCCCUUUCUGCCUCUGGGGAAGAAAGCCCAGCCGGCCGCGCUCGCGCUUGAACCAUGGCUUCGGGCCGAAGGGGCUGGGACAGCUCCCACGAGGACGAUCUGCCCGUGUACCUGGCCAGGCCGGGUACCACCGACCAGGUCCCGCGGCAGAAGUACGGCGGCAUGUUCUGCAACGUGGAGGGCGCCUUCGAGAGCAAGACUUUGGAUUUCGAUGCCCUGAGCGUGGGGCAGCGGGGAGCCAAGACUCCCCGUAGCAGCCAGGGCGGCGGCCGCGGCGGGAGCAGCCGGCCGGGGGUCGAAGAGGACACGCCGCGGAGGGGCCAGGGCCGGGACGACAGCAGGGAGCCCGCGCCCGCCUCGCCCGCGCCAGCCGGGGUGGAGAUCCGGAGCGCCACGGGCAAGGAGGUGUUACAAAACCUCGGUCCCAAGGACAAGAGUGACCGUCUUCUAAUCAAGGGAGGCAGAAUUGUUAAUGAUGAUCAGUCCUUUUAUGCUGAUAUUUACAUGGAGGAUGGCUUAAUAAAGCAAAUUGGAGACAAUCUGAUUGUCCCUGGAGGUGUAAAAACCAUCGAAGCCAAUGGGAAGAUGGUGAUCCCUGGAGGCAUUGAUGUUCACACUCACUUCCAGAUGCCUUACAAGGGUAUGACCACAGUGGAUGACUUCUUCCAAGGGACAAAGGCCGCCUUAGCCGGUGGUACCACCAUGAUCAUUGACCAUGUGGUACCUGAGCCUGAGUCCAGCCUGACCGAGGCCUAUGAAAAGUGGCGUGAGUGGGCUGAUGGGAAAAGCUGUUGUGACUAUGCCUUGCAUGUGGACAUCACCCACUGGAACGACAGCGUCAAGCAGGAAGUGCAAAGCCUCAUCAAGGACAAAGGGGUUAACUCCUUCAUGGUUUAUAUGGCCUACAAGGAUUUGUACCAAGUGUCCAACACAGAGCUCUAUGAUAUCUUCACCUGCCUGGGAGAACUGGGGGCCAUUGCUCAAGUUCAUGCUGAGAACGGGGAUAUCAUUGCCCAGGAGCAGGCACGGAUGUUGGAAAUGGGGAUUACUGGCCCAGAAGGCCAUGUUCUGAGCAGACCAGAGGAGUUGGAAGCUGAGGCUGUGUUCCGAGCUAUCACCAUCGCCAGCCAGACCAACUGCCCCCUCUAUGUCACCAAGGUCAUGAGCAAGAGCGCAGCUGAUCUCAUCUCACAAGCCAGGAAGAAAGGAAAUGUGGUCUUUGGCGAGCCCAUCACUGCCAGCCUUGGAAUAGAUGGAACCCAUUACUGGAGCAAGAACUGGGCCAAGGCAGCCGCAUUUGUGACAUCACCACCUCUGAGCCCUGACCCAACGACCCCUGACUACAUUAACUCGUUGCUGGCCAGCGGGGAUUUGCAGCUCUCUGGAAGUGCCCAUUGCACUUUCAGCACUGCCCAGAAAGCCAUUGGGAAAGACAACUUCACAGCCAUCCCUGAGGGUACCAAUGGUGUGGAAGAGCGUAUGUCUGUCAUUUGGGACAAGGCUGUGGCCACAGGGAAAAUGGAUGAAAACCAGUUUGUGGCUGUGACAAGUACCAAUGCUGCCAAGAUCUUUAACCUAUAUCCCCGCAAGGGGAGAAUAGCUGUGGGAUCCGACAGCGACCUGGUCAUCUGGGACCCAGAUGCUGUGAAGAUCGUCUCUGCUAAGAACCACCAGUCGGCUGCAGAGUACAACAUCUUUGAAGGGAUGGAACUUCGUGGGGCACCCCUGGUGGUCAUCUGCCAGGGCAAGAUCAUGCUGGAAGACAGCAACCUGCAUGUGACCCAGGGGGCUGGCCGCUUCAUCCCAUGCAGCCCAUUCUCUGACCAUGUCUACAAGCGCAUUAAAGCCAGGAGGAAGAUGACUGACCUGCAUGCGGUUCCAAGAGGCAUGUAUGAUGGACCCGUGUUUGACUUGACCACUACUCCCAAAGGGGGCACCCCAGCCGGCUCUACUCGGGGCUCUCCCACUCGGCCAAACCCACCAGUGAGGAAUCUCCAUCAGUCAGGAUUUAGCCUGUCAGGCACCCAAGUGGAUGAGGGUGUUCGCUCAGCCAGCAAGCGCAUCGUGGCGCCCCCUGGAGGGCGUUCUAAUAUCACAUCCCUGAGUUAAGCAACUCCUCCCCAAAGAUGGGGGGGGCCAGAAGCAAGAAGAGAUUGUUUGAAGCCAAAAUGGUACACCGAUAUUUAAGAAGGAAAGUGAAUCCAAGCAGUUGCGAUCUAAAUCAAUAAGCCUCAAGCCUUAUGUUUCUCAAUGUUAUGCUCGCUUGCCUAGCUUUAUGAAUAUUGCUUUGUUUUCUGUUUAUGCAUAGCCUUGAGUUGUUUGGUCCCCUCCCCCCACUUACAUGCAUGCGAUCAGACAGGCCACUAAGGUAAAGCGUCUGCUCUAUUAUAGUGUUGAGAGCGUGUGUAGUGCUGCAUCUUAUGACAAGGGGGACAGACGAAGCUGGGAUGUCAGGAAAAUGGAAAAAAAAGGCACACAGGUUAUUUGGGUGAUUAGGUGGUGGGAGCCCAGGGCAAGGUGGAGGGCACAGAAGGGCUGGGGUGGGGUGUGUAGGAGGGAGGUGGGUGGGCUGCAUGAGCAGAAGGGUGUUGUGUGUUGUAUUGAUGACGGACAUUCUUUUCCAUGGAAGAUGGCCAUGUGCGUCAGCUAGGUGCUUCAUCACAGUCCCCUGGGAUCUGUGGUUCUUUGGUUCUGGACUUUUCCCUGUCCCUUACUAGUAGAUUCUGUUUCUUUGAACAUUUAUUAAGUGCCAGAAUCCAGCCAUUUCUUCCACCUGCUUCAUGAUGCCCGUGUUUGCUUGGGCUGCUGUUGCUUUCUGAUCAUCUUUUCUGGGUGGGGAAGGCCACACAGGGAGAACAGAUGGACACAUCUCUUCCUCUUCUACUUUGGUGCUUGUCAAAGGCAACCAUGAAGAGCACAAUAAAGGUCCUGGUUGGGAAGCACAGCAGAAAUUUCGACAGCUUUUUUCUCAGCCCUGGGGAGGCAGGCAUCUCUUACUCUCCUGUCUGUAAACCUGGAGGCACAUACUCUGGCAUGCUGAGUUAGGACCAUAGCAGAGAUGGACAGAGUCAAAGGGCUUCCCUUGUCAGUGGUGAGUGACUUAUUCUCUUUAUCUUCUCAGAUCCAAGCACAUUCAUGAUGGAACAACUUUGUUUAAUUGACUUUAUUAGUUGGUCCCUAAACGUUACUUUGAAUACUAAUCUCUCGGGUUCUGUGGGAGUAAGCAGAGAUUUGGGGAAGCCAGUCUUGAGCAGCAGGAACACAUCAUGUAACCAUGCUGUCCAUUCUAAACCAUGUGUUUCCUCUUCUAUUAGUAGAUCCUUGGGUAGGGGGCACUUUUUAUUCAGUACUAAAAUUUCCAAGGUAAGAUAUAUGGAUGAUAACACGCAGCCUUCUUGGUGAGGUGCAUAAGGGAAAUGGGCCAGGGUAUGUCCCUGUGUCCUUUGUGUAACAGAGCUCAGAGUCCAUUUCCCUAUCACACCAUUUCUAUAGACAAUUUAGGAGCAAGGUCUAUGAGCAAGAUGGAGAUCUGCAGAAGUAGGACACCCUGAUGCGGAAAAGAUAAGUUCAAUCCUGGCUCAGACUUCUGUGCUCUGGGGGUCCAGUUGGUAGAAAACAUAACCCUGUAUGCUAAGUACUCUGAAGAGAAGAGCAGGCCUCAUAUACCUUCUAAGUACUUAGGAGAAACCGUUAUCUCUGCCUGCAGGUUUUGUGUCUGUGUGUGUCAAGGGCUCUUCUUUGUUUUGCUUUGUGUUUUGUUUUGUUCCAUUUUGCGGAGCUGGGCAGUUGAAUCCGGGGCCUCUUUCAUGCUAGGCAAGCACUCUGCCACUGUGCCACACCACCAGCCCUGACUACAGGCUCUAAUAAACUGAGAACAAGAGAAAUAAAUACUUGGAUACUAAGGAAUUUGGAAAUAGCUAAGGAAGAGGAUUUUCCCUAGAAAGCUACUUUCAGUUCCAAUCAUGAAAAAGCCUCAUUUACCUCACACUAGGGAAUCUUGCUGUUUUAAAGCUCUCGUGGUGCUUUUGAGGGAAACUUCGGCAGAAAAAUGAAGGGAAUUGCUUUAAUUUGCAAUUCUAAGAUGGGGGGGUGUAUCAAGGAACUCAAAAUAAAUGACUUUUAUAUACAAAGGGAGUUGGCCAGAUCUGAAGCAUGUGUAUACCAUAUACCUCAACAGCCAGGCUAGGCUUCAGCAUAAGUUGCAGUACCAGCUAUGGCCACCAGAUGGAGGAAAAGACACGCAGCGUAAUUGUGAGCCUCCGCUUCUGAACCACCAACUCUGGUUACCCAGGCCUGAGCACCAAGUCUCUCCAAGGCUUCUCUCUCUCUCACGAAAAUAAAUCUUUCUUAGGCUGAUGAUCAUCUGCACUGCACUUGGAAUUUCUUCCAAAAUGUGGUAUUGUGCCAGAAUAUAGUCUACUCAAACUUCCCACCUGCUAGGAGCAAAUCUUGAAGCCCUCAAGGUAGGCAACACCAUCCUAAGCUGCCUCCCUUUCUUUAUUGGCCGCUAGUAACAUUCAAGCACAGAAAUUCUUGAGAAUUGUGAGAGAAACUCCCCACCAUUUUCUUAACAUAAAAACUUUUCUAAGCAACAUGGUACUUGAGUUAAAAUUUAUACUUAAAAUUGUACUUCUCCUUAGACACAUCAAAUAGCUCCAGUCAGUGGGCUGGGGGCGGGGCUGUAAGUUGACUGGCACUUCAUCCAAGGUCACACUGAGUGCUGCCUCAGUGUCAUGAAGUUUUGCCAUCUCAUCUCUCAACUCAGCCCCUCUGAGAAUACUCUGCUAUCUCCCAACCUCCUCACAUUAUUUCUAAACCCAGGUGGCAAUCCAUUGCUAUUCUCUGAGAGGGCCACAGGCUUAGGUGUUUGAGAAACUCCUUAUGGAGCUACUAAAUCAGCUCCCCCAGUAGAGAGAUUUCUUUUACUUCUAAGUUUCCUGAAACUAUAGGAUUGUGGUCAUCCUCUAAAAUGAUUAUUUUUUUCUCUUCAAAGUCCAGUGAUCCUUUGGGUUUUUAUUCAUGAUCACACCCAAAGAACCACUCUCUUCUCUAGGGGCCUGAAUUUUAACCCUGGGCUCCAUUCUGCUCAUCCUGAAAAGCCCCUUCCAAAAGGUGAAUGAAUAGUUCCCCACUUUGGUUCUUAUCAAAAACUUCCCUAGCCUUCUCCCUUGGGCAGAGACAGCUUGAGCCCUGAUCCAGUCAUGGGCUGACCUGGGCAGCCAGCAUUCCUUGUAAUUCCCCUUUGAAACAUGGUGUGUGAGUGUUUCAGUUCUGUGUCUGGUGGCUAUGGACAGUGAGUCUCCCUGUGACCUGUGCUAGCUGUGAGGCAGCUCGGAACUCGAAGAGCUGUUUGGUUUGAACCGUGAAGAAAACUGUGUAUUGAAUUAGCUGAGAUUAAAGAAAAAAGCUCAUCAAGUGACUGUUAAUGUAAACCUGGUUAUUAAAAUAAUUAUAAAAUUA